UAUUGUGCAACCUAACCACUGCCUAUAUUCCCUAUCUUUCUCUCUCGCUGUUUCAAUGCGGCCUUCAAACAGCAGCGCCUGGAGGAUGCUCACCAGAUAGCCAGUGGACUGCAGGACUUCAGGCAGCAGAAAACCAGAGAGCUGGCAGAGCAGCUGAGAACUUGCCUGCUGGGCAGCCAGAAGGCAAAAGAGGGAACCUCAAGCAAUCCCAGUCCGCCCCAGAGUGAAAGUCCUCCUCUAGAAAAGAAAGAUAAAGGAGGAAAGGGAAAAGGGAAAUGGGUGGAUUCCCAAGAAGCUCGGUUGGCGGAGCUGGAGGAAUCUUACCGGGAGCAAAUCUUGGAAGAGAAAGCAAAACUGGAGGAUCAGCUGGAAAGAGGGGAAAUGAAGAAGUGGUCAAAGCAGAAACUGAUCAGAGAACAUGAUGAGACGGUGACCUUCCUGGACAAGGCGUUUCGCCAAGAUAUGCACAAGCUCAGAGGGAGGAUGGAGAAAGAUCAAAGGAGAAAAUACUCAGGUCAAGAAGACGGAAAUUCUCUGACUUCUGAAGCUGCCUCUUUGCCAGGACAAAACCAACCCAGCCUGGCUGAAGACAGAGUUCUUUCCCUCUUGGCAGAAAAUAUCAAGGUCUUGAAGCAAACUGAACUCCUAGUGAGCUUACGAACCACCCUGCUGAAUCCUCGGUUCACAGCUCUUCUGUCUGAUAGCAAUGGAGCUGGUGGUAUGACAUCUUCCAAGCUCCUUGCUCUUCUGAAGGAUGUGAACUGCCAAAUCCAAAAGUGUGCAGCGGUGGUUGGACUGCUAGGUGUCCAUCGUCCGGAAUAUGAUAAAGUAAAUUCUUUUCAGGAUAUAAUGGACACUCAGAUGGUCCCUAAAUCCAGAGAUCUUGUCCCUCUGCUCACAUCAACCCUUUCUGCAAGGGAAUUUGUCGUGUACCAAUACGGAAUGGUGAUCCUGAAAUUCCUGAGACCUCAUAUUGGCGCACCAGAGAUUGAUCUGUGCAUUGCUUCCAGCAUUCCUUCCAGCAACACACUAGGAAACGCCUUCCGGAACUCUUUCCAUUAUCAGGCCUCUGGCAACAAACUGUUCAUUCUAAGGGAGUGCCUGAGUUGCGUAGGGAGCUUUAUCCUGCUUCUCGUGCACUGCCUGGCCCACAUCGCUGCCGAAGACCUCAGCCAGGAUUCCAGCCCAGCUUUUCGGAGGCUGUUUUACCAGGCACUCAAGGCUUGCCUGGGUGAAAUGUUCUCUCUCAGGCUUCAGACGUCAGCAGUUCUGGAGGACAGUAAAUCCGCUGCAAUGAUGAUUAACGAGGCUUUUCUGAAGGGAGAGGGGCUCGCAGAUGAGAAAAUCAAUCUCCUCUCAGGGCUCUUGGAUGCCAAAGUGAAGCCUUCUGCAGACUUAGAGGAGGAGCGUGAUAGCCUCUUGCUUGACGUGGAUUUCGACGACUCACUCAGAAGCAAACUGCCUGGAAAGAAGAAGGAUUGUUAUUCCAACAUCUUGCCCAGAGGCCAGGAGAUUCUCCCAUUGACAAGCUCACAGGCCAGCAGUUACCCCCACACCACCCCUGAAGCAGCAGCAGACAAGCUGGAUGUGCUCAACGAGAAGCUGGUGACACUCCUGCAAGAGGAGGAAGAAUGCAUCUCCAGGAGCGGAGAUGACGGAUCUUCACUGUUUGAUGAGCUCAAGGCCAUCAGCUUGGAGAAAGACUCUCUGCUGAAGGAAAUAGAAGCCCUGGAAAGGAAAGUGGCAGAAGCCAAAAGGGGGAGGCCGGAAUGA